ACUGACAAUCGAAUAUUUAUUGAAAACACAAGAGCAUUUCAUUACACUCGGAUAACAGACUUAACCAGCAAAUCUCUCAAAGCAUACCAAAAUUUGGUAUAGACACAUCCGAGGCACGUUGUCUUACUUUUGGCAUCAUUAUUUAACCCAGCGAGAUAAAUAUAAGUUGUCUACGCAGAGGCAAGCGAUUUGCUGCUUUAUGGAAUUGUUAAAGAUUGGCGAAAAGAUUAACAUAAGGCGGUCUGACGGAUGCAUACAAUCCGUAAUAGUUGGCUUAAAGAGUAUCGAUCGUCAAGUGGUUACCGUUGAAUGGACUGAAGGUUCCAAGAUUAAAGGCAAGGAGGUAGCCUGGAGUGCUGUACUAGAAUUGAAUCCGUCUGUGGGAAAAAGGAAGGUUAAGAUUGUGGAGAAGAUACCCUCAAAAGUCGAGACAAAAGCGCAGAGCUCUCCAAACUAUUAUAUGUAUCGUAAGAAAAUCGCAAACAGCCCUUAUAAGAAACGUCUUCGUGGUGUUAGUAAAUCCGAUAUGGUCAUGACUCCAACAUCCAUUGUAAAGCAAUCAAACCCACCUGGGGACAACUCGAUUUUGAAUCAGUCGAGUUCCUCGAGCCUCGUGCCCCGUUCAAGUGUUGUCCGUGAGAUCGAACGGUUGAAGGAGCAACGGGAACUUCGCCGUGCUCUUCAGGAUGAACAGCGGCGAGAACGCAGUGCAUUGAAGAGCAAAGAUCCAAAUAAUCCCAACUGGGAAGUGGCCCUAAUGGUGCGCACUUAUCGUGAGCAGUUACAAUUGAAUCCGUUGCGCUAUUUUAAUCCGCACUUAGCUCGAGUUCAACAGAUUACCGUGUGCGUUCGAAAGCGGCCAAUGAGUCGACGCGAACUGCAGGGCAAGGCUGUGGAUAUUAUCUCAGUGCCAAAUCGUGAUUCACUGAUCGUUCACGAACUACGCCACAAAGUGGACUUGACCAAGUUUCUGGAGCAUCACAAGUUUCGCUUCGACUACACUUUCGAUGAGGAAUGCAGCAAUAUGCUGGUCUACGAGCACACUGCUCGUCCGUUGAUUCUCACUAUGUUUGAGGGCGGUAAUGCCACUUGCUUUGCCUAUGGCCAGACGGGAAGUGGCAAAACCCACACUAUGGGUGGCGAGUUUCGUGGCAAGACCCAAGACUGUACUACAGGCAUUUACGCCCUUGCCGCUAAAGAUGUCUUCUCGGAGCUGGCCAAGCCCAAGUACCGCGAUCAAGGCGCUACUAUCACUUGCAGUUACUUCGAAAUCUAUGGCAGCAAAGUCUUCGAUUUGCUGUUGCCAGAUAAGCCAAUGCUUCGUGUACUGGAAGAUGGCCGUCAGCAAGUAGUGAUUUGUGACUUGACCCAAAGACCAGUUACCAAAGUCGAGGAAGUGCUUAGCAUCAUUGAACAGGGAAAUCGGGAGCGCACAUCCGGCCAAACUUCUGUGAAUAUUAAGUCAUCGCGAUCACAUGCAGUCUUCCAAAUGUCGCUUUUUGUGCCUGGUCAGGCUGAAGCCUGCGGCAAGUGCUCCUUUGUCGAUUUGGCCGGCAAUGAACGUGGUGCGGACACACAGUCUGCCAGUCUUCAGACACGCCGCGAGGGAGCCGAGAUUAAUAAGUCCCUGUUAGCUCUCAAGGAGUGUAUUCGAGCAUUGAGUCGACAUUCAAGUCAUUUGCCUUUUCGUGGCUCAAAGUUGACCCAAGUGCUGCGUGAUUCAUUCAUUGGGGGCCAACAGAAUAGGACCUGCAUGAUAGCUAUGAUAUCACCUAGUUUGAGUUCCGUGGAGAACUCUUUAAAUACGCUGCGGUAUGCGGAUCGUGUUAAGGAAUUGAUAGCUAAGGAGGAUGAUCCAGGAGAGGUUAGUUGCAGUCAACCAUGUUCAGAUGGAGGUGGAAAGAGUUCUGAAAUGGAUGAUGACCUGCAGCCACAUAUGGAGCAAAGCUCUUCUGAAUUCAAAUACAAUACAGAUACGGAAUCGGAUGAUUCUGAGUCCGACAUCAUGAAUAAGUCCAACGGAUUUAUGGACUUUUCUUCUAGCCAAAUUGCAGAGUUUAACAUUUCAUUCAAUGAAAGUGACAGUCACCCGGACAUUAGUGAGAUCGAUAGUGAAAGAAAAACUGAUCAACAUUACAUUGAAAUGGAAGAUGUGUUGAGGCAACACGAUGUGCUCUUUGAGUUCUUCCUUAGUUUCAAACAGAAGUAUGACAAGGUCUCUUCUGAGACUUCAUCAUUAAAGAAAGGUAUGCUUGUCUCAAAGUUUUUGAUGGAUGCAGAGACGACAUUACGUGAACUGGAGAGUGCCGUAAAGCAUACUCAGCAUAUGGUCACCAGCUUCAAUUCACAGCAAUACUUUGAUGAUGGGGAUGAGGAUCAGGGCGCAGAGAACAUCGAGAUGUAAUAGAAGGUAUUCAUAUUUUAUUUAUUUUGUAUGACACAUCAUUGUAUUGCUUUUUAGCUGAGCUCGUCUAAAUAUAUGUAAAUAUAGUUACAUAAAUGUAAAUGAUAAGCUCAGAACAAAGGCAGCUUUUGCCGAAAACUGCAAUCGUUAUUUCGUCAAACACUGAAACGAUCAAAAUUGAAUAUAUAUUUUUUUGUAUCUGCCGGAAGUGCACUUGAAAAGAACUUUCUAUUCUGUCCUGGAAUGGGCAUAGUCUCCAAAAAGUUUUGCUUUACAUUGAAGCAAAUAUUUCAUGAAAUAUGAAUGUGAGCUGGAGCUGGAUAUUAGAGUGGGUGGCAGAAACGCAAACAUCUAUGAGAUUGCAGUCAAUUGCUCAUUGACUUGGCACAAGAUGCCUCGACUUUUUAGCUACCCGACUUUCUGAGUUAUCCCAGUUCCGGGUGCAGAGUGCUCAGUCUUAAGCCCUGCUAACAUGCCAAGGACCAAAUGCAGCUGGGACGACGACGACGACGACGAUGAAGAUGGCUAAGAUGGACGCCGAAAGAUGAGAACGUUAGAAACAAAGUUCUAGGCGUGGAAUGAGAUUUGAGUUUGGGGGAAGUGGGGACUUUUGGGUUAGUUGGGAGUUUAGUUUACGUGUGCGAGGAUUUCAAGCUGUGCGCGCACAUAAGUUUACGGCUUAAGCAUGUGAAAUUCAUAAGAGCAGCAGCUGGAUUGCAGACCCUAACACAACUGUUGUAAGUUCUAACCCUUGCCACCUACUCCUACUCUCAUACAUAUCCACGUUUUCACCUGUACUCUCAUAAGCCACCGCCGUCGCGGCACUCUAAUGCAUAGUCAACCUCCUAAAUAACCCCAAACGAACCACAACGAGCCAAAAACGCAUGCACAGCAACUCAAAAAGUUGCCGUAUGAAAAGUUUUAAAUUAAACGAACUUGGAUUUAGCUUCUUCAAUUUUUUUUCUGUGAAUCCACGUACGAUAUGAGUAUAUUUAAACAAGAUAUAUAUUUUAUUUUUGAUGCAAAUGUGUAAAAUGUAAAUACAACCUCGUCAUCCUCAACCCCAGACUCGAGCAUCACAAAUGUUCAGGAUUUAAAGCAGAUGGAUAUACAAUGUUACGAAGAUGGCUUUUGAACAAAUAUAUAUAUAAUUUUAUAAUUGAUAUUUUAUUUUACUUCAAACUAUCCAGCUUGGAAUUGACCUCU